GAGUUGGUGACAUUGCCCCAGAGCUAAUCUCUGCCACAGAAUACUUUUAUAUAAGCAACUAGUUCUUACUUUUUACUUCUUAGUCUGUGUGUUUUUAGUAGGUGCCGACAGGAGUGAAGAAAUUGCGAAAUUUGAUUAUUUGAGUUUGCCGUUAUAAUAUUCUAUAAAUGAUUUCAUUAUAUUUAGAAAACGGGGUUGCGUAUGUAUGGAAUUCAGAAGACUGGUACGUUCUGCGAACAAAACAUCGAAUAUGCGGCUCACUUAUUGGAUCUUUACCGUCAUUCCCUAGACAAAAUGAUUUCCAAGGUCUACCAAUGGCACUUAUGUCUGAGGAAGCAGCGUUGCUAAUAAAUGAAGGUAUUUGUGAACUGUAUGAUACACCCAAUAUAACAGAGAAAGUGUCUAAUGAAAUGAAGCAACAGGUGGACGAAAUUGAGAACAGGGUCACCAAUGAACAGAUGGAGGCGUUGAAAAAAAGGAAAAUUGAACAGAUAUCACAAAAAAUUGAUAUAAUUUUGACUGGUAAAAGACAAAAACUGUUAUCAAAGGGGAUUGUUGAUAUAGAAUUAGAUAAAAAUAUUUUAUUGCAGGAAGAAAUAAAUAAGGUACCAAAUGUGGCUCCAUCUAACUUAUUAAUUCAUUUACAUACAGAACAUUACUAUGAUUUAGGAAAAACCAGGGUAUCAGUUGAUGCACUAAUUCCAAGUAUAACAAAAAAUAAAGGAAAAAUUAAGUAUGCAGUGUUUAAAGACUUAUGGAAGAAAGGAUUUUAUAUAACAAAUGGCUCAAAAUUUGGUUCAGACUAUUUAAUUUACCCUGGUGAUCCAGUAAGGUUCCAUGCUACCUACAUGCUAAGAUGCACUGAUGUUGAAACUACUUUUCGAGCUGCAAGCUUAGUUGCAUUUGGACGUUUAUCUGUAGCAGUUAAUAAAUUGGCUGUACUAGCAUAUUUCAAUGGAUUGAAUGAAAUUGAAUAUCAGACAUUGCAGUGGCAUGAUAGUGUUAAUGUGUAAUCACUUACUUUGUUAUAUUAUAUUGUAUAAGGAUUUUUAAUAGAUGUAUAUAUAACAGUUUUUUAUUAAAUAAAAUUUUUAACAUUUCCUACA